AUGCGUGUGCAGGCGAGUCCCUUCGUAACCGAAAAGCACCAUAUUCCGGAUCCUCGCGACGAUGGGAAGGGAUACUGCUGGGUCAGUGUUAUACUCCCACCGGAGGUGAAAAAUGGUACCUAUAGCGAUGAAGAGAUUAUGCUCUUUGUAAUCAAAAAGUGCAAAGCUGGUCGAACGGCGAUGACCCAUCAACCACUGCAUGGGCUGGGGGACCAUUGUAUCUCGCUGCCAGUCAAGUGGAAUACACCUAGGCAGAAUAUGCGUGCGGUUCGAGAUCAAGCUGCAGCUCUGGCGUCAUGGUGGUUUGUCCAAAUUCAGCAAAAGAGGGUAACUAUUAACCAGAAGAUGCUUAUUGAUGACCGUACCACAGAAGAAACCAAAAGAAUAUUGGAUGUGAUCCCUCUCGAGUGGGAAAAACCCGACUAUUCAAAUUAG